UUUGCUCAGUUAACCUUAACUUCACGGCAUGGCGCGUCUUUCACUGCGCAGCGGGGGUUGUAGAUAGGUUUUUAGGUCGUUUUUGUCAUUUUAUGUUUUAUUGUGUGUUGCGGACACACAUGUGCGUCUGUGAAUAUGAUCACAUCCAGCGCUUUCGUGCGCACGUUCAUCUGAGCCUCUUCUUCAUUUAGUGCUUUUUUGAAUCAUUAUUUCUAUCUGUUUUCUACCCACAUGUGGACAUAUUGAAGGAUUAUUUGUGGUUUAGACCUCUCGAUGUGAGAUGAAACCCAGAUAAGAUGUUAUAUAAACCGAAUAACGCAAAAAAGAGGACGCGCAUUUUGGCACGUGAAGAAUAAAGCAUAUGAGCAAACCCAUGCACGGAAUAUAAAGAGGCAAUCAGACGCUGGCUAUGGAUUUUGUGAACUUAUUUGCAGCAUUAUUUAUGAUAUCCUGGUUGCAUUUAUAAUAUAGUAACAUGCUGAUUCAUAUAUUGUGCAAUGCAUGGAUAUGUUGUUGCUAACCUGAGUUAUAGUGAAUUGUAAUAUAGCCUAUAUAUAUAUAUAUAUAUUCAGAUGAGAUUUCUUAUUUAUAUUUAAGAAGUUAAUAACAUGAUGGCAAUCCAUUAACACCUCCAUUUUUUUUAAAUAUAGGUAUGCUAUAAUAUAGCAAAUCUCCUCUUUCUUCCUGACAUUGGGGGUUAAGUUUGGCAUCUAUUUCUUUGACAUCAGUAGUAAAUUAGUAUUAGUAGUUUAUUAGGGCUAAUUUAGAAGACCGAAGAGACAGACAGGCCUUAAUCAGCUUAAAGUUUCCAGGUUUACAGCAGUUUAGCUGGUUGGCACAUUGGCCCUGUGCAUUCCCAUUGCUUUCUUGCCCCUAAGUGGCUUUUAUAGCAAUUAUUCUAGUGGUUCCAGAGUAAUGGACACAAAUAAGGAUGAUGGUUCCUCCAGCGAUGGCAUGGAGAUGGAGAUCAUGCCUGGCUAUACGGAGCUCAUCACAAGGGCAUAUUCCGUCAUGUUCAGUGCCUUUAAAGACUGUAAAGACUGUGGACUGGAGCGGUCCAGAAGAACCCUGCUGGAUCAUGCCGACAUCACCUGGACCGAGAUCUUCAUGUUUGUCAUGUGCGCGGUCAUGUGGACGCAGAUGCGCAGGGGACUGACUGCGUAUUUCUUUCAGCCUUUUGCACAAUGGUGUUGUCUCCAGCCCAGUGACAUCUCCAAGAUGCCGGAGAGCGCGUGGAAGCUGGUCUUCUACACAAUGUCGUGGUCAUAUAGCACCUAUCUUCUUUUUUUCUCCAACUAUUCAUUCUUCCAAAACCCUCCCUCUGUUUUUUACGACUGGAAGAGCGGGAUGCCGGUUCCCACAGAUAUCGCUAUAGCGUACUUGAUCCAGGGCAGCUUCUACGGCCAUUCCAUAUACGCCACCGUCUACAUGGACGCGUGGAGGAAGGACUCUCUAGUCAUGGUGGUGCAUCACUUCAUCACCCUGGCCCUCAUCACAUUUUCCUAUGCCUUCAGAUACCACAACAUUGGCAUCCUAGUACUUUUUCUUCAUGAUAUCAAUGACAUUCAACUGGAGUUCACCAAACUCAAUGUCUACUUCAAGACCCGGGGCGGGAAAGACUACUUCUUCAAUGACGUGCUGUCCAACAUGGGCGCCGUUAGCUUUAGCAUCACCUGGUUUUGGUUCCGUUUGUACUGGUUCCCGCUCAAAGUGCUGUGGGCCUCGUGUGUUACCAGCAUCCAGUCCGUUCCCCACAUCCCUUUCUACUUCUUCUUCAACACGCUGCUCUUCGUCCUGCUUGUCAUGAACAUCUACUGGUUCUUGUUCAUCGUGCUGUUUGUGGUGAAGGUCCUGACAGGCCAGAUGAAGGAGGUAAACGACGUCCGGGAAUAUGAGGAAGACCAGCAAAAGGAAAGGAAGGACGCUGAUGAUCAGAACUCCGCUGAAGGGAAACAUGUGCAGAACGGAAUUGCUAAGAAGAAACAUCUAUAAUGUCUCAGUAACGCCACCUGCAGGCAGUUACCGAUGGUUACAUGGUGCAAGGUGACCUAGUUUGAUUGUGACCCAAGAACGUCAUGGUGCUUGGACAGUUAUGCAGAGAACAAGAGGAAACAAAUGUACCAUGAUCAGGGUUUUGUUUCUAUUGCUUGUUUUUUUUUUUUAAACCACUGUUAUUAUAUUUGUAAUCAUAGCACUGUGAAUGUUAUUUGGUGUUCUUUGUCUUAUAUAUUGCUCUGAAAAAUGUGGCAUAGUUCAAUCCCUGCAUGGGAAAUCUCCCAUAAGAUGGUAGCUGUGAAACAAGGUUUCUAGCCGGUCCUUAUUUGGUUGACCAGCUAGCAUGUUCCAAAAACCAGCUUGGGACAGCACAGCACGUUCCAAAACAAAGCUACCAUCUUAAGCUGGAUUUUCCAGCAGGGAUUUGGGAAAGUUAGCAAGAACUUACGGGUGGUGGAUGUGUUUGAAGACAGCAGAACACACAAUAACCAGGUUUUGUGGUCUUCAUCUGGGACCACAGUUUGUUUGAUUAGAAGUAGACAUUUUUGGUUGUUUGGUUGUUGUUUUUUUAAUUCCAGGAGUGAAGGUGUUGUUAAGAGAAAGGGUUGGACGUAUUCUGUCGUAGUGAGUACUGGUGCAUGAAUCAGCUGGCUUGUUUUUAAAUAUGUACUAGCUUAGCCUACACGGGUACAGCCGCUCUCCAAACAGCCUGACCUGCGUCAAUCAAAGUAACGUUUGUGCUGUAUUAGCGUGUUUUGAAUGUACGUGGCUGAAACGGGGUCGCUUUUGAUGUUUGGAUUACAAUAUCUGUCUGAAAAUACUGCUUGCAUUCCUUAUGUGGAAAACAAAUAGUCUGUUUUGCUUUUUUUUGUUUGAUUUUAACCCCCCACAAGCAUCCGUUUUUGCAAUGGUGGCAUCCACGCUAGCAGCUGAUUGGCUAUCGCGAUAAAUAUUAAUAUAGAUCCAGAACUCUUACUGUAGAUCAUGGAAACCAGUUGCGUUUCUUUCAACAUGGAGAUACAUUUUAAUGACCUAAACAAAUGAAUCGAACCUGAAGUAUUUAUGCAAAUGCUGUAUUCAGGAAUGCAUGACCUUUGACCUUGAAAUAUGCUGUAUGGUAAAAAAAAACGUAGACAAAGUAGAACUGAUAAUAUCUGUCGUACGUUAUUGAUCAUUGCAAUGUAUACUUGAAGCGCCUACUGUAUCAAAUGCUUUUGUGCACAUCGAGAUUUCUGUUUCGAAAGCGUUCAGGUGGAAUCGUGCGCAAAUGCUGACGAGAUCCGUCGCGCCGUUGUGGCGACGUCUUCCGUAACCAUGGCUAGCUUGUGCUAACAGUUAGCCGUUUGCGAAUUUGGUCAUUUUGUCUUGACGUUUUGUUUUGGGGUUUUCGUUUAAGCAUUGUAUAGCAAUUCAAAUUGCUGCUGUUUUUCAGCGUUUUUUUUAUUUAUUUUUAUUAUUAUUCCGACCGAGAACCUCCUAGAAAUGCAUUGCUAAUUGUUUGUACACAUUAUUAUUCAUGGUACUGUCGAAAGAGUCAGGCCGUCUUCGGUUGUCUUAGCCGGCUUGGUCAAAACACUGGAAUUGGAGUUAAAUGCUCUCAUGACUAGAUGGUAACCUUUGUUCUGUUAAACUCCGUAAGAUUUAUACGUUUUGCGUUUUUCCGUAGUUCCCCAGACGCAUUCGUCGCUUAUUGCUAAAACCGACCCAAACGAGGGUUACCACCUAGCCAUGUAUCCACUAAACGCCACACUCUUUUUAUUUUCUUUAUCAAAAAUGUUCUCAAAAAAUCGUUAUUUUUAGAUUUUUUAAAAAUUGUACACUUAUUUAUAUAUAUAUAUAUAUAUACACACAACACCGCUCUAUUUGAUCAAAAUUUAAAGGAAUAUUCCGGGUUCAAAACAAGUGAAGCUCAAUCGACGGCAUUUGUGGCAUAAUAUUGAAUCGUCCCUCCUUUUCUUUAAAAAAAGCACAAAUUUAGGUUCCAGUGAAGCACUUACAAUGGAAGGUAAUGGGGUCAUUUUUUGAACGUUUAAAUACUCACUUUUUCUUUUGCGCGUUAACAUGAUUUUAGUGCGAUAAUGUCACAUGCUAACCGUUUCUGUGUAAAGUUAUAGCCAAUUAUACGUAGAUGUUACAUUUACAUGACGAUGUAAUGUCAAGAAACCCUAAAAUAACUGUAAAAUUGACGAUGUAACCAACGUUACACCUCAAAUUAUAAGCGUCACAUUUCUGCUUUUAAACCCUCUAAAAAUUGGCCCCAUUCACUUCCAUUGUAAGUGUCUCACUGGAACCUCCAUUUAAAUUUUUUUUAAAGAAAACGAGGGACAAGUCGAAACGUUUCUUGUCGUAUCGACAUUACGUCGAAAAUCCUGUUGCUUAAGCUCGACUUGUUUUGACCCGGAAUAUUCCUUUAAGUGUGAAGAGUGGAAAUAUUCGUGUUGCACUAAGAAUAUUCCGAGUGUUAAUACUUUAGGAACGUGCCAAAAAUAUUGAAUCGCUUGGUUAGUGUUACGGCAAAACAAAUGAGAGAAAUUGUGUGGGGUAUGUUGUUAUAAAUCUGGGGUUAUCCCAAUGUUAUUUAAUUAAAAUUGCACUGUAAUUUCUUAUUAUCGUUUAAGCCGGGGGAUUUAUACAGACUACUAACAUGGGCAAAAGGUUAUUUUGACAAUCAUAUUGGACCAUUAAUCCUUUCAAAUGUUUUUUGGGGUUUAUGUUGUUGAUUUCGGUCUGACCACUAGGAGUGUAAAAGGCAUUAUUAUCUCUUUUGUAAUGGAUCAAUUUUAAUAAUUCCAACUGAAUUAGUGAACUGAACCAAUUGUGUUGUAUCAUG